AUGGCCUGCCCGUCCACCGUCGUCCAGUGUGUCUGCUGCGAGCCUCAGGUACCUCAGCAAGCUCAGGAAUCUCAGCAACCUCAGGUACCUCAGGAAUCUCAGCAACCUCAGCAACCUCAGAAUGUUCCCGAUGGCUGUUUUACCUCCAACGAGACCACGAAGAUAAACUCUCCUAAGCCGCUGGAGGAACAGCUCUCGGUAACGGCGGAACCGAUGAAGAUGGUCCCCGGCGAAGGCCAGAACUACGAGUUACCGCCAAGCAGUUCUUAUCCUCCAGAGGGUGAAAGAAUGAUGGCCAGGGAUAUCCUCUUAGGUCUAAACGAAUUUCAUCGCAAGCCUUCAAAAAUACGACCCAAAAGUGCGUACACAACCUACUAUCAAAGUUUCUGUGACGAGUUGAGAACGCAGCAUCCCGAAGGGUCACCAUAUCCAUACCAUACCAUAGGUCAGCAGGUCAGGAGCGACGACAUGCCGGCCGGCGAUCCCAUACCAGCUUCGACGCAGCCCGAAAACAUGGCCUGCCCGUCUACCGUCGUCCAGUGUGUCUGCUGCGAGCCUCAGGUACCUCAGCAACCUCAGGAAUCUCAGCAACCUCAGCAACCUCAGAAUGUUCCCGAUGGCUGCCUUACCUCCAACGAGACCACGAAGAUAAACUCUCCUAAGCCGCUGGAGGAACAGCUCUCGGUAACGGCGGAACCGAUGAAGAUGGUCCCCGGCGGAUGCCAGAACUACGAGUUACCGCCAAGCAGUUCUUAUCCUCCAGAGGGUGAAAGAAUGAUGGCCAGGGAUAUCCUCUUAGGUCUAAACGAAUUUCAUCGCAAGCCUUCAAAAAUACGACCCAAAAGUGCGUACACAACCUACUAUCAAAGUUUCUGUGACGAGUUGAGGACGCAGCAUCCCGAAGGGUCACCAUAUCCAUACCAUACCAUAGGUCAGCAGGUCAGGAGCGACGAUAUGCCGGCCGGCGAUCCCAUACCAGCUUCGACGCAGCCCGAAAACAUGGCCUGCCCGUCUACCGUCGUCCAGUGUAUCUGCUGCGAGCCUCAGGUACCUCAGCAAGCUCAGGAAUCUCAGCAACCUCAGGUACCUCAGGAAUCUCAGCAACCUCAGCCACCUCAGAAUGUUCCCGAUGGCUGCCUUACCUCCAACGAGACCACGAAGAUAAACUCUCCUAAGCCGCUGGAGGAACAGCUCUCGGUAACGGCGGAACCGAUGAAGAUGGUCCCCGGCGAAGGCCAGAACUACGAGUUACCGCCAAGCAGUUCUUAUCCUCCAGAGGGUGAAAGAAUGAUGGCCAGGGAUAUCCUCUUAGGUCUAAACGAAUUUCAUCGCAAGCCUUCAAAAAUACGACGCAAAAGUGCGUACACAACCUACUAUCAAAGUUUCUGUGACGAGUUGAGGACGCAGCAUCCCGAAGGGUCACCAUAUCCAUACCAUACCAUAGGUCAGCAGGUCAGGAGCGACGAUAUGCCGGCCGGCGAUCCCAUACCAGCUUCGACGCAGCCCGAAAACAUGGCCUGCCCGUCUACCGUCGUCCAGUGUAUCUGCUGCGAGCCUCAGGUACCUCAGCAAGCUCAGGAAUCUCAGCAACCUCAGGUACCUCAGGAAUCUCAGCAACCUCAGCCACCUCAGAAUGUUCCCGAUGGCUGCCUUACCUCCAACGAGACCACGAAGAUAAACUCUCCUAAGCCGCUGGAGGAACAGCUCUCGGUAACGGCGGAACCGAUGAAGAUGGUCCCCGGCGAAGGCCAGAACUACGAGUUACCGCCAAGCAGUUCUUAUCCUCCAGAGGUGAUGAUAGCCCGUGGCUUGAAGCCGCGUGCCGAAGUGCCAAAUUGA